UAUUCGCUUGCGAUUGCAAAGGAGUCUGCCGCCGCUGUCAUCACAGAAAAGGACGCGCAGGAUAAAAAUACUACAUUUUCCAAAAGUAACAUCAUCAGGAUGCCGCGGCUAGUGGGGUGUGGAAAAAUGGCCUCAAAGUAAUUUCCAGGAUAUCCGACAGGAUCCGUGGACCAGUAUAAUUCCUUGUGUAUGUGUAUUCCCUGAUGUGUGCGCUCAAACUUUACCACGAUUGCAUUGGAGUUUAUGAUGCGAAACUCAUCCGAUGCACCCGCGAGGUGCUAAAAAAGUGUUUGGUUUGAAAUUAGCGAAAGUUAGCGUAGUGUUGGAUUUCGAUCAUUCACACCGUCACACUUUCAACCCAUUUCGUGUGUUGGUGAAAGUGAGGUGAAAAAGUGAUCAAAAAUCCUUUCGCUAGAGGAAAGCCAUCCUCGGGGCCAGGUCGUCAAGGUUUCCCGGUGUCAACCGCGAGGUCAAGGUCAGCCAUUUGGGUGAAGAAAAAUCAGAAUCGUGAGACCACCGAAUGUUCUUGUCCAACACGUGGAUCAGUGUGCUAAAGCGGAAGAUUAAUUGAAUCUCGUAACCCCCGGUAACGACGGGGUCCUCGUCCCCUGUACUCUGCACGAUGGCGUCCUCGGUUGGCAACAUGGAAACGGACGACCUUUCCGAUACCAUGAACGAUUUUCUCCCACUGCUGCCGGAAAACAUCAAGCAGGAACUGUUCGAUGCCACGGAGAAGGGCAACCUUUGCGACAGUGUGGAAAAUAAGGUGGACGAGGCGGAAACCGCCAACGAACCGCCGGCGCCGACAAAGUGCGUCUGGUGCCAGCAGACACUCACACCGAACGACCAUCCGAAGCUGCUGGAGUGUCUGCACAUCGCCUGCCAUGCGUGCAUCAAGCAGAAACUCUCCGAUCUGUCGCACAACUCGGCGCUCGUCUGUCCGGUGUGCAAGAUGGAGAGCCGGCCGGAGUACAUCAUCGAGAAUGUGUUCCUCAGCGAGACCGCCUCCAGCAGCGAAGACAACCCGGGCAGCGUCGAGUCGACGAAGGAUCAGAUCAAGUGCAGCAGCUGCAGCGACGACGCCAGUGCGACCUCCUGGUGCGUCGAGUGUGCCGAGUUCAUCUGCGAUAGCUGCGUGCAGGCGCAUCAGCGGCUGAAGAUCACCAAGGAGCACACGAUCAAGCCGAAGGAGGCGGCCUGCAGUGAGCCGACCGGCAGCAAUGGGCUGCCCGGCAAGAACAUUAUGUGCGAAAUGCAUCCGCAGGAAAAGCUGUCGCUAUACUGUGAAACGUGCGACCGGCUGACGUGCCGGGACUGCCAGCUGGUGGAUCACCGGGAUCACAAGUACAAAUUUGCCAACGAGAUUGCCAGCGAGACGCGCAGCAGCCUGAGUGCGCUGCUGAGCGAAAUCAGCUACAAAAAGGUGCUGCUAUCGAGCGCCAUGAAGGUGAUCGAUGAUCGGCAGGCGCUGAUAACGGAGAAGAAGAAGGACCUGUCGAAGGAGAUCGCCGAUCUGGUGGUGAAGCUGACCAAUGCGGUCAAUACGCGCGGCAAGCAGCUCGUGUACCGGCUGAAUCAGGUUUGCGAUACAAAACUGCAAGUGUUGAAUGAGAAAAAAGAAGCACUACAGCUUCUCUCCGGCCACACGGACCACUGCAUCGAGUUUGUGCAGAACGCGCUCGACAAGGGCAGCGACAGUGCCGUCCUGUACAGCAAGAAAACACUUGCCCGCCACCUGCAGAAGGUGAAGAGUCAGCGUGCCGACAUUCCCAACCCGGAGAUACCGGUGCGGGUACAGCUGUAUCUUUCCAAUGUGGCGGAACUACAAAACGUGAUUGCUCGAAUCGGUACGAUACUAGUCGAUGGCAAGGUAUACCCACCGUCGCCCUCAUCGGCCAAUGGUCCACCCGGUCCACCGGGUGCUCCACCCGGAGGUCCUAGUCCAGUGGCACCGCAGAGCCGUAGUAAACAGCCGAGCCCAAACAUAACACCACCCCUGCGCCCCGGUAUGCCCGGGCCGGGUAUGACGACACUCUCAUCGAACGGGCCCGGCGGUGGAGGCGGAGGUCCCGGCGGUAACUUUUCGCAAGUGCCACCAAUGUACAAUGGCAACGGGGUCGUACCGGUCGGGCCACCAUUUCCGCCUAACCAUCCGAUGAACAGGUCAUUCUCACAGGAGAACGGUCCCGGACCAGGGUCCGGGUUUGGUCGGUUUCCAAUGGGCCCGCCACACGGUAUGCCACCCCAGCAGCACGUCAGCUCUUCCACCCAUCCACAGAAUAUGGCGAACUUCAUGGGCAGCGGUGUCCCACCGGCCGGUUCCGGCGGUCACGGAUCGUCGCACCGCAUGGGAGGGGGCCAGCUAGGCGGUGGUCCGGCCAGUUUUUUGGGCGGCCCGAGCAGCGCACAUCAGAGCUUCAACCAGCCACAGCCUGGAGGCGGCCCGUCCAGCAACGGGAUGGGUAUGGGCGCGAGCGGGCCGGCGGUCGCAGCGGCCGCAGCAGCCGUUGCAGCCCGCUUUCAAUCGUUUCCCCGCUUCGCCAUGCCACCCUCGAUGCGACACAUGAUGGGAAAUAACUCGUCCACUCUCCUUACACCAAAGCAACAGUCAUCGAUGCGCUAUCCGGGGCAGCAAACUCCGCCCGGAUAUAAUCCCAAUUCACCGCAACCUCCCCAGCUGCCACCGCAACUAUCCGGAGCACCGGUACCGGGAUCGGGUGGACCUGGGCCGGGCGGUGGUGGCGGAGGUUCUGGCGGUGGUGGCAGCGGUGGUGCCAAAUGGCAUAUACCGCAAAAUAUGCAAGCGCAGCAGAACAAUGGAUUCGGUGGCCCUUCGGGAUUGCAUCUGUUCGGUAGUGGCCCAAAUGAAUCGUUUAAAAUUCCCCUCAAAUCUCCCGACACCAUGCGGAACGCAAUGCUCCUUAACGGUGGUGGUUCUUCGCUUGGGCCCCUUUCGCUUAGUGGCGGAAGUCUAGGGGGUGGAGGAGGUGGUGGCAGUAGCGGUUCUUCGAGUCUCUCUUCUGUCGGCGUCUCGCUACAUCCUCAUCAUCAUCACCAUCAGCAACAGCAACAGCAGCAGCAGCAUCAGCAUCAGCAUCAGCAACAGCAGCAGCAACAACAACAACAGCAGCAGCAACAGCAACAACAUCAACAGCAGCAACUCCAACAGCAGCAACAACAUCAGCAACAACAGCAGCAACUGCAGCAGCAACAACAGGCUCAGCAGCAACAACUGCAUAGCCAGCAGCAGUUGCAAAACCAUUUGCAACAGCUGCAAAACGCACUUCCGAAUGUAUCCUCAACAAACCCGAAAACGCCGAGUCCAAGCACGAAUGAGCCCGCGAAGGAUUUUGCUGAGUCGAUCGAUAAAACAUGCGAAGAUUCGGUGAACGAUCUGAUGGCCACCAUCGCCAAACUCGACUCGAACGGUGUACAGGUGCUUCCAGAGACGCAUCGGGGCAAGACCACCUCACCGCAGGUGCACAGCUCGACCGAUCUGACCACCAGCGGCAGUGGCGUCUCUCUGAGUGGCAGUAGUUCCACCGGUGGAACGACCACUAGCACCACCACCAUUGUGCUGGACGACAAGAGCUUGCCCAAAGAUCUGGACCCCAACGAGGACUGGUGUGCGGUGUGCAUGGACGGUGGGGAGCUGAUGUGCUGUGAUAAGUGCCCGAAGGUGUUCCACCAGACAUGCCACAUACCGGUGAUCGAGUCACUGCCGGACGAAAGCGAAACCUGGCAGUGUUUGCUGUGCUACAACUUUGCCGAUCUUCCACCGGAACCGACGGGAGAAAAACGAAACGUGGGCAUCACGCCGCUUGAGCUUAAAAUCUUGCAGCGCAUUGUGUUGGAACUGUUUUGCCAGUAUGAAACCAGUAUGCCCUUCCGGCAGCUUGAGCCGGAUACCAAUAAAGCUUACUAUGACAUCGUCCGGAAUCCAAUUUCGUUGACGAUCAUACGAGAAAAAUUGGAAAUGAGCAACAAUGACCAUUACACGGAUAUUGUUUCGUUUAUUGCGGAUGUGAAGCGGUUGUUCGACAAUGUUUAUCUGUUUUAUCAGGAGGAUAGCACGACGUACAAAAAUGCGCGCAAAUUGGAGAAAUUCUUCGAGCAGCAGCUCUCGAAGUGGCUUCCCAAGUAUCUCGAAGUCGACUGCUUUGCCGAAGAUUUUUUACCAAACACAUCGAAGCGCGUCAAGGGUCUCCAAGACGACUAACAGUCACUGCAUCAGGUGCCCGGUAUCGCCGACCAGCACAGGAGUCUCCGGAGCCCUCCCGAAAGCAUCGAGCCGAAUCUGCAGCAGCAAACGUCCUCCGAUAUGGAACCCGAGGAUCUGUCUCUUCACCACCUAGUGUCGGGUGCGCGUACCGUCACCGGCCGGCUAGCGGAUGAGGAAGACACCCUCGAUCAGUCGCCCUUGGAUGCGCAGCGUAUAACUCUGCAGAUCGAAAAAGAGUUACUGCAAGCGGAGAAGGCGUUCAUCGUUAGUAGAAAACAGUCCAUGGAUGAGGGUGGACCUGGUGGUGGUGGUGGUGGUGGUGAUGAUGCUGAAGGUGGUGAAGGCAGUAGCGGCAGUGUCGUUGCAGAUCGCACGAAGGAGGAUAUACCCGGUGAUGGUGGGUCAAUCGGCGGUGACGUACCCGAAAACGGGAGGCCUAGUGCACGGGAGAGAGAAACGUAUUCGAAGGGAACGGGGGGGCUUACUGAUGCAUUGGGACUUGCUGGUCAAACUGCCACCUUCGCCACCGAGAGCUCGCCGUCGUCCGUCGCAGCAGCGUCGUCGCCGCCGUCCGGGCCACCGUUAGACGUGCUACCGGGUACGAUUGCUGUAAUAGCCGAUGCAAAAGAAAAUGGCUCCAAAUUUAUGACAGGCACCGAAGAAAGUACCCUCGUAUGAAUAGGAACUCGAAUCGGGAACGAUCUUCCAACAACUAAUAAUUUGUAUCAGCAAUGAACGUAGGAAUUGAUGAGCUUUGUGGAAGAAUGCUGUCGUGUAUAUAUAUAGAAUAAGAAGCGUGCGUUUGUUGCGGCAUAAAAACAAAAGCAGGGAAAAGA